AAAUUAUCUUCGAUCCAAUUGGCUAUUUCACUUCUUAGAUUUUGUCUCUCUCUACAAUAUAUACGUACAUAUCUUUGUAGUUUGUACAUAUUUAUGGACAAAAAAGAACAAUACACACGUGUAUUUGGGCACAUCGACACGAAUGGAGACGGGAAAAUAUCUCCACCGGAGCUCCAAAUUUGCAUUGGAAAGAUGGGCGAAGAGUUGUCGUUGGAGGAGGCUGAGAUUGCGGCAGCAUUGUUGGGUUCGGAUGGAGACGGGUUGUUGAGCAUGGAGGAUUUGGUGAACAUUGUGGAAAGUGCAAACGAAGAGGAAAAGGUUAGCGAUUUGAAGAAGGCGUUUAACAUGUACGAAGAAAAAGAGGGGAGUGGACGCAUAACGCCGAAAAGUUUGAGAAGAAUGCUUAGCAAAUUGGGGGAGUCAAGAACCGUUGAUGAUUGCAAGAUGAUGAUCGCCAAGUUUGACGUUAAUGGCGAUGGCGUCCUAAGUUUCGAUGAAUUUAGGGAAAUGAUGGCGUGAUUGUUUUAUACUCGUGUUGAUUCGGGUGCCGUACAUUUUAUUCUUGUUCUUUGAUAUAUGGGAGAUGAUUUGUACACAAGUAAAAAUGUUAUGUAUGCCGUUAAGUCUGCUAUAGAAUAGUCAAUAGUGUAGUAUUUUCUAUAUCCUUAUGGUGUAUGUAUCAAUCCACCUUAUAACAUUCAUUUGUUUUUAUCCUUUGAUAUAACAGAAUAUUCCUCA